AAACAAAUCCAUUUACUUUAGCUGUCCAAGUUACAAAAUCAACAAUUACAACUAACAAUAAUAAUGAAUUAUUAUCAAGUUCAAAGUCACCAAAUGAAAGCGAAACUAAUGAAAAUGAUGAACUUCAAAUCCAAUCAAAUAAUAUUAAACAUCCUUGA